AUGACUGUGCGGAAAGGAAACCGUCUAGGCAUCUCCAUCCAGGAGCACAUGGCCAUCGAUGUGUCCCCGGGCCCCAUACGCCCCAUUCGACAAAUCUCCGCCUACUUUCCGCGCCUUUCGCCCACUUCCUCCUUCUCAGAGCCGCUCUCGCCCAAUCAGCUGUCGGCGCCGGCUGCACUCAGCCCGGGCGGCGCGGGUCAAGGUGGCGGCACUGUCGGAGGACGGGCGAGCAGUGACCUUCUGUCUCCGCUGUUACCAGGAGCUGCAGGAGGAGGAGGGUCACUGUCGGCCAUGAGCAGCAUGGACACCAGCAUCGAGAUCGACAGCGGCGACAGCGACGACAAUACCUCCCUGGGGAUGCUGGAGUUUGACCUUCUGUAUGAGAAAGCCACGAGCUCCUUACACUGCACAGUCCUCAAAGCCAAGGGUUUAAAACCGAUGGAUUUCAACGGUUUGGCGGAUCCUUAUGUCAAGCUGCAUCUGCUGCCAGGAGCAUGCAAGGCCAAUAAACUGAAAACCAAGAUUGUUCGAAACACACUCAACCCAGUCUGGAACGAGACGCUCACCUACUGCGGGAUCACAGAGGAGGACAUGUACCGCAAAACUCUCCGGGUGUCUGUGUGCGACGAAGACAAGCUGACACAUAAUGAGUUCAUCGGGGAGUCGAGGGUGGCCCUGCGCCGUGUGAAGCCUGACCAGACCAAACACUUUAACAUCUGUCUGGAGCAUCCACCUCCUUUGCCUUCGCCGACAGCGAUGAGCACGGCCCUGAGAGGAAUCUCCUGCUACCUGAGAGAGUGGGAGACUGAGCAGCAGAGGAGUUUGGAGGAGAGAGGUCGCCUGCUGCUCUGCCUGCAGUUCCUCCCUCCAAACCCCGACAGUGAUCUGAAGGGCGAGGCCAAGGAGAGAGCGCGGGGUGGACUGUGUGUGGGCGUCAAACGCUGCGCCCACCUGGCAGCCAUGGACGUCAACGGCUUCUCUGACCCUUACGUUAAAACGUACCUAAAGCCAGAUGUUCAGAAGAAAUCCAAGCACAAAACGGCAGUCAUAAAAAAGACUCUCAACCCAGAGUUUAAUGAGGAGUUCUUCUAUGAAAUCUCCUUCUCAGAGUUGGCCAACAAGACGUUAGAGGUCACCGUGUGGGACUACGAUCUUGGAAAGUCUAAUGACUUCAUAGGGGGAGUCUCCUUGGGGUGCCACUCACAGGGAGAGACCCUGCAGCACUGGAUAGACUGUCUGAAGAACAAGGGCAAGAAGGUGGAGCGCUGGCACACCCUGACCAACGAGCUGCCCGGAUCCACCCUGCAGGACUGAACCUCCUCCACACGGGAGGUGCUUCAUCGCAUG